GUCGUGAUCCCUUCCCCCUCUCGCCGGCAGAGACAAGAGAUCGCAUCGGCAGAGUACGUCCCUCCCCCCGAUACCGUUCCCGACGGGAUCUCCGAAAAAUACUACCCCAUCAACGUGCACCAAAAGCGCGCCAAGAGAGGAAGACACCCGACCCGUCGGACCGCCACUCGCGAUGUGAUCUCCUUUGCAGUCGAGAAUGAAGACGAUAAUGUUACGGCGCCCAAGAUCCUUCAGAAGAAGAUCAAUACCAAGCUCCACACCACCUUGCAGCGGAAGCUGAAGAAGAUCUCCGGACCCGCGGUCACAUUUGUCCCCGGUGACGAGCAUCUCCUGGCGCAGUUCGCGGCGAAUUUUGAGUUUGUCAACUCAUAUAAGACCCGUCAGGGAGUGACGCCCGUGAGUGAGGAAUUCAAUGCGGGCUGUGUGUGUGCCAUCGCCUGCGAUCCGUCGAGAUGCCUGUGUCUGAGCAAGGAGGAGGACACGGACGAAAUGGUGGUGGGGUAUCGCAGAGCCCAUGAUAACAUGCAGAUGCUGGUUCUCACGGAUGAGUUCCUGAAACGCAAGGCCAUGAUCUAUGAGUGUAGUUCGCGGUGUGGGUGUGACGAGCGCUGCUGGAAUCGCGUCGUCCAGAGUGGUCGUACCGUGCGGUUGGAGAUCUUCAAUACUGGGAAUAGAGGAUUCGGCCUCCGAUCCCUGGACCUCAUCCGCGCAGGCCAAUUCAUCGACUGCUACCUGGGCGAAGUGAUCACAAAGGAAAUGGCCGACGUGCGCGAAGAGAUCGCCACGUUGCAGAACGGCUCCUCCUACCUCUUCAGCCUGGACUUCCUCAUCUCCGAAGACGAGAGCAAGUACGUCGUGGACGGAAACAAGUACGGCGGCCCCACCCGCUUCAUGAACCACUCCUGCAACCCGAACUGUCGCAUGUUCCCGGUCUCGAGAAACCACGCCGACGAGUACCUGUACGACCUGGCCUUCUUCGCGCUCAAGGACGUGCCCCCCAUGACCGAGAUGACCUUCGACUACAACCCCGGCUUCGAUGAGGCGUCUAAGACGGUCGAUCCGAAUGCCGUGCAGUGUCUCUGCGGCGAGGCGAAUUGUCGUGGUCAGCUGUGGCCGAAUCAGCGGAAGGCGAAGGGGAUGAUCUGA